AACCAGACUUCCGACCUGCUCUCGUCGAUGUAAUUCUUGUAAAACAUGAAAGGGGAGUACGCUUUUUCACCCCAAAGAAUCUAAACACUGUUUCAAUUCUUGGCAUCUAGCGCCCAAGUAGUGUAGAAGCUCUCCUCGAACGCACUUUCUUACCCCGCUUCGAGUAGCCGUACUCCUAUCCUAUCCCCCUCGGCCUUCCCCUCAGUCCAGCAAAAGUCACCGCCCAUACUCUACAGUCAGCGCUACAGUUGCCGUACCUUUCCUACUCUUUUCCCCAAAAUCAAGCAUUCACCGGUCAGUGCUCGGUCAUGUCUAUCUCUUCGCCGUUCCAUUCUGCUAUCCCCAAUUUUCCCAUUCCCUUAACCCCUGCCCACUGCCUCGCUCACGCAACCGCCCAUAAUUUCUGCGCCGCUUGCUUUCCUUCACUUUGUGCAGAGAAAAUUGAUUGCUUUCUUCUCGCCCAAAUCGUCCUCUUCGGUUCCAUCUCUCAUUCUAUUCUUUAGCUUCCUCUUUCUCCCCGUCACCGCCACAGCCUUCCGGCUAACCCGCUCAGCCGCUGUUGCCUCUUCUACUCGCCGCCAUGAAUCAUAUCGUCUUCUCGAAGCUGGCAUGCCUGAGGCGAAGGUCCUGCUCUCAAAUUGCGCCUCCUCCAUACAUGGAUGGCUGGGAACUCUUCCGGCCCGACGGGUUCUCUGAAUACGCGACACUUUGGAUGGACGAAUUGGGGGUGCUGGUACAGGGGCUUGCCUCCAAGCAUCUGUCGGAUCAAUUGAAAGAGGUUCUUUCUAUUGGGAAGAUUUACUUCAUCACACAGUUCUCCCAACGCGAGGCAAAAAAUGCCGUGGCAGGAGAUAAAGGUGUUGAGAUCACCGAGAUUUUGCCGCAGUGUGACGAUGUGGUGAAAGUGUGAUUGGAUUGACUCACUACAGCAACAAACGUUUGUUAAGGUAGGUUGUUCAUGAGUUAGAUAGUUUUGUGAAAGUGAAAAACUUUAAUGAUUUACUACUUACCAUCAUCGGUUACUUCUUUCGUAUUCAAGGGAUCGAUGAGAUACACAAGUGAGGGACGCCAGGAAGAAUGUGAAGACUUCAUACUAGAGAAGAACAAACCAAGAAAAAACCGAAGGAGAAGAAAUCCAUGAAAGAAUUUGCAGAUCUGAAAUGGGAAGUUACAAAGUAGGAAGGAACUUUUAAAUCGCUUAGGUCUUCUUCCAUAGGUACAUUUGCUGGAUUAUUUAUUGAACUUGGUCACUCUUUCAUCGGGGUUUUUCCUUCUUUCAGGCGCCAAUAACACAGUCGACCUGUCUUAGGUGUUGUUGCAGGUUAUUGCGCAAGCGAAUUGCAGAAUUUUUUGGCAGUUCUCAAGUUUGUUUAUUUUUAUGUACUCUCAAGGAAGGAGGAGACUUGCUGCAACAGCUUAGCAGCAGAAGUAGAAAGAUCAGGACUGAGUGACUUAUAGUGAGAGAGGGAGAAUGAAUGCUGGGAGGAGGAAGAUGUGAAGCAGAAGACUUGGUAAAGGAGGAGAAAGAGUCGCACACAACAACCAACAUUUCAUUGCCUACUCGCUUGAGCUUCGAAGUUCUGGUACUUUGCCCUCUCAUCACUGCUGCUGCUGUUUCUCCAUAAUGAAUGAACUGAAAUGCAUUGGAGGAAGGAAAGAAAAAUAGCUUUGGCCGUCUUAGGUAUUGGAACUCAAAGUUGGGAUGGAGUUCUGGUGUGGGUAUAUUAUAGAAUAAGGUGGAAGCAACUUGAGGUGUUCGUUUGAUAAACAGACAGACGAUUGCAAGCCUUCUCUCUGCCUGCAGCUAUUUGUUUUGUUCAAAUAAAGUGCCUGGCGAAAUAAAGAAACCUUACAAAGAAAAGAACACGCCAGGUGCAUUUUGUGAUUAGUUAAUCUCCUGAAAUUUGUUGCAAUUUUGCUCUUUUGGUUCGUUUUGCUCCAGCCUUGGUAGGUUUUGGUGAGCUAGGGAAUAAUUGAGGGUCAAGAAAGAGCACAUAGAAGGAUGACCCAUCCAUGACGGACAGACAUGAACCCUGCUAAUACUAGCAUUGUUCCUUUUCUUUGCCCCUGCUUUCGAUUGCUUUGUUUUCUCAAUUAUUUCUUUAGCUCUAUAUUGUUACCAUUCUCAAUACAUUAAGGUAUCUAUGCUAGCUGAUAAUGGAUACUGUCAAGUGCAUUAGGUCACAUCCAAGACUAAACUAACUCGAGGCUUUGGCUCUACCUUUUUGCUCUGGUGGUUCAUUGUAUACUAUGGAUUCAACUCAUUGAUGGACAUGAUUCAUUAUUUUCUAUUACAGAAGGACAUACAUUUUCUCUGUUCCAUCGACUGAAAAACUUGGAUGUGAUGGAGCAAUUACAGAACUCUACUUGACUGGAAAUUUGCUUUAGAUUGUGGUGGACGGUAGCAGUGGUUAGGGUAUUGUGGGUUUGACAACGGUGGUGGUUCUGCAGUUAGACCAUCUUCCGGGAACAACAGGUAAUUACUGUAGUUCUUGGCUGCACUUCAUCCCCAACUCUAUCUUCCUCUCAUCCCCAACUGGGAGCUUCUCAUUGUUGUCUCAUUAGUAAUAGCCUCAAAUUUGUUUAUACAGGCCAACACAUGUGCAUAAAGCACCUACUUGACAACUGCAACGUGAUAGAAAUACUGGAUGAGGGGUACACAGACCAAGGAAAGGAGUUGAAAGAAAUGGCGGUGAGAUAC